GUGUAUUUAUCAAAAAAUUACAAAUUAAAUAACAGGAAGAAGCCUAAUGUUUCCUGAAGCCUUGUAAAGUGUGUGACGACAUGCUUCUUCUUUCCACAGAAAUGUUUCACUAUCUUCAGUCAUCGAGAGCACUGUUAGAGUGGAGGGACAGCGGGAGGUAUGCUAUGAAGCUGUUUCCUGCACAUCCAAUACUUUGGUCCAGUUUGCUGGUUUUGUUUGCCUUACAAAUUGAGGCUGAAGCUGACAUUUCAGAUGUCUGUCAGGAUACAAUGGCUUCUGAUGACAUCGAUGUACAGAGUUCUUCAGUGCUGGGGCCUCAUGUAGAGAUGGACAAUAUAUAUGAGAAGGUUUACUGCCUCCUUUACCCAACAAAUAUACUCAACUGCUCCUGGUCAUUUAACACCUUACAGCAGGAUACUCAGCUCUUUGUCAACAUCAGCAUCUGUGAUGGUGACAAAUCAGUUCAGUUUCCUGACCUGUCGUCUGAGGAGAAAGUCGGAUCAAGGUCUUUGGCUCUGCAUGAUCACAAGAUGUCACUUUUAAUCCUACACUUCAACAUCACCCUGUACGACAAGUGGACAGUCUACGCCUCCAAAUACGACCUCAACAUGCUAGAGGUUCUGUCUCCACCCCAAAACAUCUCUGCAUCAAUCAAAGAUGGAGGUCUAUUGGUGAAAUGGGGUCUGCCCCACAGUAGAGCCGACAACGACCCCUUCUGCUUUGAAUACCAGCUGGACAUGGGUGACCAGGAAACACCCAAAGAGUUGAGUGAGCAGCUGUCCUAUAGAGAGCCCAAAGUAGAUCCCUCCUCCACCUACAGAGUGAGGAUGAGGACAAGGAAGGGCAGCCAAUGUGUGGAAUUUUCUCAAUGGAGUGAAUGGAGCCAUGGUGUAUGUGUGAUUGUAGCUGUGGAACAGUCCAAACUCAACAAUCUAGUGAUCGUCUCAAUUUCACUUGGAAUACCCAUGAUCCUCCUGGCUGUGCUGCUGCUGCUGCGCCAUCAGAGGUACUGUUUCUGUCUCCCGCUGAAUAACUAGCAUGAUGAUUGGUGU